GCCGUGUCGUAUUAUAAAAUUUUUACGCUCUUCACGACGAGCGACGAACCAUUUCAACUCGUCGUCCACUUUAUCUUUAAUGCUUUGUUUUUUGCCCACUUUGUUUACUCGACGUUAUUUUCUUUUAUUUUUUCUCGCAUUUUUUCUAUUAUCUGUGAUUUUUAACAGGAUCUGUGAAAGAAUUUAAUCGCAAAAAUUACAACUAUUCGAGACGAAUAAAAUCGUCAACGUCACGUGCAAUCAUCGUAUAAAACGUUAUAGCAAAAAUAACUUAUCGAUUUUUACAAGAUACGCGUACGUAUUUGAAAGUACAAAUACGCAAGUAUAGCUGCGAAUUUGCUAUUUUAAUUUAAAGCAAGCGUGCCGUUUUUUCGCGUGACGCAAAGAACGAUCCGCAGGUGCGGAACCGAGAACUCGUUUCUACGACGUCGCGAUAAGUCACGGUAUUGUACAACCGUGCACGAAUCAUGCCGGCGAAUUUUUACGACUGCCUGGGAUGGAUAAGAUUUAUGAUAAAUUACAAUUCGACGAACCGUGAGAGCAAAAAAAAAAAGCAGAUAAGCUUCAUUGUCCUUUCGAGACAGACACGACAUCCGCGUAAAAAUUAUACCAGUUACUAUUACAUUCUAGCUACUCGUAUCUAAUACCUAUACUCAAUACAAACUUAUUACAUACAGUUUUAAUCAUGAUACUGCCCGCGCGCGCAAAUAACUUAAAUGAUAAAAUCUUUUCUUUUCCAAUCCGACCAAUCUGGCAAUUUAUUACUUGAGAUCACAUUUCGACCGAGUUUCCGGUCCUUAUCAAGUGAUAAUUAACAAUAUAAAUAAGCCCUAAGUAAGUCGUGUUCUAAAAUUAAUGUAAAUGAUUUUAAGAUUUUUUUAAACAUAACACCUUCGAACUUGACACUGCAAAUUGCAGGUGAUAUUCCAUCCGCAAUUAUUAUUAUCUGUCUGAAGUGGACUUGAGAGUGUGUCCAUCGUCGAGCCGCUCUCUUCGCGUGUGGCGUAUGGUGCAUGCUAUUUGGAGCGUGCUCGCCGUCGUGUGGCACGGUGUGCAUGCAUGUGGUCUCGGGUGCCUCCCCUCGCUCGCACGAUUGCGCCCGCUCCUUGCAUCGGGGGGCACCAGGGCUGUAUCCGCUCCCUUCCAUCAAUCAAUAACACGCGCGCUCGCUUCCGUCUCCGCUCCAAGCGGAAUCGGGAAGCUCCUUUCAGUCACCGAGGGAAGCCGCCUUCAAACUGUCCCUCAUCUAACAUCGUGGAUAAAGCAAUCACGAUAAAUUAACGCUCGACGUUGCAUUAUGUUAAUCAUUUUUGUUAAAAUGUCGAUUAAUUAGCGAGGAUGGAUUGAUGGGCUUUUACCAAUUUUGCUGAAAUUCUUGUAGAUUUUUCAUUUUGUCUGUCUCAUCGCGAUUUCUGCAUUUCUCUCUCUUUAGACAAUUUAAUUACAUUUAUUAUCAUUUCUUCUCGAACAGAGAACAUUACUAAUAUAUUAACUAUUAAUUAAACUUGCACUUCGAUAUAACUGGAUUAAUAUAUAAUAUGUAUUUUUAUACAAAUAUUUCAUUCGCACGAAACUUUUAUGAUUUAUACAAAAUCCUUCAGUUAUUAAUAUUCCUUUGUUAUCAAAGUUUUAUCAAAUUAGCAAAUUACUUUGUACACAGAAGCUACUUAUUUUUACUGGUCAAACAACCAUCGUUGAACCUGCUAAUAAAAAAACUUGAGAAGAAAAUUUUCUCGAUACAUUUCCACGAGGAACGGGGGGCGCCCGUCGUCGCGCGUACGCUCGUGGGAGAGCGCCGUUCCCCCUCUAUAUACAACAACACGAACUAGACGCUCGCCAUAUCGUCGGGAGUGUUCACUGGUGUAUACCGCACGAUUUUAUCGCAACGAGUGGCAGGAACGGCCUCGAGGAAGCGUCGUGGCGUUUACGUGACGUUCGUCGUGCCGUAAAACGGCCCGUCCGUGCCAGCGAGUCGACGAUGGUCGACUGAACCACGGAGCACACAAGAACUGUUACGCAGAUUGAGACACCAUGGAGUCGACUUUGGAUGAGAGCAAGGCAGAAACGCCAGCGAAAUCUGGUAAUCAAGCUGUUGUAACCGAUGGAAAUAAAUCAGCAAAGGAAAUGGAAGAGAUGGACGCAGAGAAGAAGAAAGGAGAGGAGCGCAAGAGUUUCUCCGUUGCCAAGUCAAAGAAGGCAAUCGCGAAGACCAAGACGAAGAAGGCACGGAUUGUCGGCCAGCCGAGCUAUGAGCCCACGAAACUCGAAGACAGUCCGUCACAAGUAUCAGAACGCUUCAAGAGGGGCUGUGAAUGCGUGGACGACCAGUGCUUCAAGGACCUGAAUCCCGAGGUGGUUUAUCGGCACAGGCUGAACAUCGCCGAGCUCACGAAAGCGGAACACGAUAUGUACCUGAUGGGUGUCACGAUGGCGUGCUUGACGGAUCCGUAUCAAACCGCACGGCAUACAGAGCGACGUAGGUUGCGCGCGCAGUACGUUUACCAGGGUCGACGAGUCUGCCUGGAUGCGUUCCUGUACCUGGAGAACUGUACGCACUAUCAGAUCAAGCGGAUCCGCAAGCACCUAAUGACGCACGGGGUGACGCCGCGCGUGCACGGGAAUCACGGCAAGGUGCCGCACAACACGUUCUCCCUGGACAUAUACAAGAUCGCCACCGAAUUCCUGAAGAACUUCAUCGAGGUGCAGGAGGCGAGACAGAAGAACAGGCUGGCGAAGAACGCGCCGCUGCACCUGCCGCCCGACAUCACGCGGAAAACGGUGCACGAUCUGUACACGCAGUACUGCAGAAAGCAGUCGCCCGACAUCAAGAGCAUGGGCUACUCGACGUUCCGGCGUUUCAUGAAGGUGCAGUUCCCGCAAGUGAAGUUCGCCAAGCUGGAGUUCAUCGCGCGUAGCCAAACCGCGCAGAGCCACUGCCAGACGGAGCCCUCCGACGCGCGGGACGACACGGGCCAAUCGAGAUCGGGCAAAUCGGACCUGGCGACGGAAAACGGUGGCACAAUACUGCCGCUGGUGAUAACGAGCGAUAUAGGGCAAAACGAGACCUACGUGUUAACGCCUAUCAGUAAAUUGCAGGACGGCGUGAGCUAUCAAGUGACUACCCGCGGCCUCGUGGUCAAUAGUCACAACACCGUCACACUGUCGAAAACGAGCGCGUAGGACUGCGUCGGCAGUUUGCACGUGAAGACGACUUUGUACGCAUGUGAUAUAUCCAUACGCACAUGGAAGUGUGUUGAACGCCUAUCACAGAACGCCUACGUUGAGAGACUAAUUGCUCUCGGUAUCUGAACCGAGAUUGUAGUGAUACGUUGCGCGCUGUACAGAAUAUUCAGAUGACUCACGUGAGAAUAAGUACGUAAGAUACAGUGACUUAAUUCAAAAUUUACACAAUUUAUUAUAUAAUAUCUCUAGAGCAUUAUUUUGCUAAAUAAAUCUUCUGUUGUACCGUACAAAUUUGAAUACUCGUGUAACAUUGUAUCGGAAGCUUCUAAUCUGCAUCCGAAGCUAAUUGCAUGAAGUGUUCCUGUUUUACUGAAUAAGAAAGAAACGCUUUAGCCAAAUAAUUGUAAAUUUGUAUUAUAAUAAUAAUGAAUGUUAAAAACAUAAAUUAUAUAUUUUGUUUGAAAGUGUAUUUUAUCCUAUACUAAAUAACAAAUAUUC